AUUGCAGCUGAUGCAAGGCGAUUGCGCAGUACUAACGACCAGCAGCACUGCUCUGGCGAUGUACACGCAGUUGAAGAUCAUGCUUGCAGAAAGGGGCAACAAGCCACCAUGGUAGGGGAAGUAACACUGUCAGAAGUAAAGAGCGGCGUUAACAAGAACAGAAUUUUGCCUUUAACGUGAAACAAAGUCCAGUGUGCACAGUGUAUGGUUACUGUGGAGUAUAUCGGCUGUUCUGAUGUUCUUGGCCUGAGAGGCAUUUGCGCUGGAAGCCAACGAAUUGUCAACACUACUUUUUUGAUAUCAUCGCAGAACCUCAAAAAUCUGGAAUACAUGAUGAAAUUUAAGCCCAACCAGACUAGGACUUAUGACGGCGAAGGCUUUAAAAAGCGAGCCGCCUGCUUGUGCUUUAAAAACGAUCGAGAAGACGAGGUUUUGUUAGUGAGCAGCAGUCGGCACCCAGACCAAUGGAUCGUUCCCGGAGGAGGGAUGGAGCCCGAAGAGGAGCCGUGUGGAGCAGCCGUACGGGAAGUUUAUGAGGAGGCUGGUGUAAAGGGUACCCUUGGAAGGCUACUGGGAGUAUUUGAGCAGAACCAGGACAGUAAACACAGGACCUAUGUGUACGUACUCACAGUCACAGAAACACUGGAGGACUGGGAGGACUCAGUCAACAUUGGGAGGAAGCGAAAGUGGUUUAAGAUUGACGAGGCCAUCCGAGUGCUCCAGUGUCAUAAACCUGUCCAUGCCGAGUACCUCCGCAAGCUGAAACCCCGCUGUGGCCCGAACAACGGCAACCCACAGGAGCACGUUGCCCCCGACGACAACACUCCGCAACAUCACACACCUACACAAGACUGUGGACUAACCCGUGUACACAGAUAAAAAUUGCCACUAGGGGGCGUCGAGACAUAAUUACGCUUUGGGAGGUUCUCCUACAUGGACUCAAGGAAACAAUUUUUGCAUGGAUCGUUUCAGUGUUUACUAUUUUCAACCUUUUUAUUCUUAAAAAAAAAAAAAGAAAGAAAAUAAAACAACCAACAAGCCAAAAGCAAGAUGAGAGGACUUAAAAUUUUCAGUCAAGCUUGUAGUUUCUAUAGACUUUUCCAGAAUCAUUUUUGGAACAAUGCUUACUGACUGAGAAAU